GCGCGCGGUCGCGAGGUUAGUCGCUGAUCGGCAGCGCGUCGCAAGCGGUGUCACUCUCCCCUCCGGUGCGUCCCCCACACACUCGCCUUUCUCACACGACCGGCGAUCCUCGCUUGCGCAACCCCCGAAAGCCCCAGCCCGACUGAGCCGGGCAGGCGCGCGCCCCAUUAUUCGCUACGCUACGCAACGCAACGCCGUCAACAUGAUCGUCAGGAUUACGCUAUGUUUGCUAGUCUGCACGGUCUACCAAGCUAUUGCUGAGGUACAGAUAAUUACCGAGCCUCGACAAGGGGAAGAAUAUGUUUUAGUCAGCGCGGGUCAACAAGGCCCAAUACGAAAUUUUGAGAGCUCGCAUAAGAUUCCUGAAAAACAUCCAUCACAUCGAAAUUUUAGACCAGAAGAUGAUACGAGUAAUAAAAAAAUUGUCAAUGGCAAAAUUGGCGGGAAACACGCCUCAGAAGGUAUCGUGUCAAUCGAAGAAGAUAAAAGAGUAAUACUUAAGAAAGUUCAGAAAGGUAAAAUAGCUGAAUCAAUAGAGAUCGAUAUCCCGGUAUCUAAAAUAGAAGAUAUCAAAAUUAAAGAGAAUGUCAAAAAUGAAGAUACUAACCCAAAAAUGAAAAUAGAAUUAGAAGCCAUGUCUGAAUCCGGGAAGUUAAGUGACAAAUCCCAUACAACAACGCAAAAACCUAUUUUAACUACUGCACCUCCUGCUGUGAAGAAGACUUACGAUUAUAUUCCUAUCAAUUUCGAUACCAUAGAUGACAUAAACAGUGGUUUGUUGUCAUCAAAUGUAAAAUUAGAACCUGCGGGUUCAGAGCAAAAACAACACUCUCGCAUCCAAGUCAAAAAGGGACCAAAUGGGCAGGAUUAUGAAUAUGAAUACAUUUACUACUAUUACGACGAAGAAGACGAAAACAAAACCUCUUCAACUACAGCCGCGCCUAUUCACAAUUCGCACGAUGGUCCUCAAAAAGCAGAUGCUGACAACCAAAUAGGCAAAGAAACCAAGGCUAAGAGCAAGUACAGUUCUAUAGACAGGUCUGGUGCAACAACUGUAGCUACAUCUGAUAACCAAAAUGAGGUUCUGCCAGCUUCCGGAAGAGGCCGACAGCGAGGACGCACGAUUGCACCUGCACCAGUUGAAGAGGAAAUUGAAGAAGACAGAUUACCAUCGAGCACACGUUUCCCACCUCGCGGACGCAACUUGACGCCUGCCAGUUCAACCACUUACGUCCCAGAGAUUUCCUCAGAAACAGCCAGGCAGCGAGGCCGGCCGCAGAUCGACAACGUUGCUGACGAGUCUAUUGGUCAAACGAGGAGCAGGACCCGAGCGCAUAUAAGGCGGCCCAGCUCAGAGCUCGUUGAUUUAGACAGCUUUAAGACAAACUCCGGAGACAUUCCCUCUCAAUACAAAGAGCCACCGACGAGGUAUUCCUCCGAAAGUAAAACGUCUACUGAAAUACCUGAUGGUGUACCUACCAAAGACCCCUCGCAUGCCAAAGAUUCAGUAAGGGAAGGGCACAGUUUGUCAAGCGGAAUUAGAUUCCAAGAAAUAAUCGACGACUCGAAACUUCCCGCGGACUACAAACAAACUACCCCAUAUGAACAGGACACCACGGAAUAUACAACGAUGACUGCAAUGGAGAAGGUCGCUCUGGACCUAUAUGCUUAUUUAGCUGGUGAAAACUUGAACAACGAUGUCAACCCAACCGUUGACGAUCUCGGUUUUGAGGGUACCACCGUCGCUGACGAUGAGUCAUCCACAACAGAGGCUCUCAGCACCACUGAAGAAGCGACAACCUCCACAACAACUACGACCACCACGACCACAACCACCACGACCACCACGACUACUCCGGCACCAACCACAACGGCCGCGCCGACAAGGCCUUCCCGUUUCAAGGGCCGACCCGGUGCCCGCGCGCGUGUCUCCACUACAUCCAGCACGCCCACCGAAGCUCCCCAAGAAUCUUCUACAAGAGCUAGAGGCCGGUUCAGCAAGCCAGGCGGCGUGCGCAAGACUACCGCUGCAGCAGUCGAAGCAUCUACGCCUGCGUCUGCCCCUGUAGAGAAGUCUGUGUCGCAGCCCAAGGCGUUUGGUCGACGCGGCUUGUUCGCGGGUCGCAACCGGCCGAGCUCCACGACCGCGGCCCCCGCGUCCGAGGACGGCAGCAGCUCGCCCGCCAGCGACACUCCUGCGCCGAGACCCCGCCUUCGCCCGAACUUGAGGAGGCCCAUCAGCUCUACUACCAGCAGCGCAGCUCCCGCUGAAGACAGCACGGCUCCUGCCGCCAGCGAGUCGGCAGAGACCACCGUCGCUCCCAGCAGAACCAUUGGCCGCGGCCGGCCUGGACUGCGGCCCGCGUCCCUGCGGCCUGGACCAAGACUGAACCUGCGCGCCAACCCGCGCCCACGGCCCGGUGCGGCUACCGAGGCACCCGUUGAUGCACCCACGGAGACCUCCGCGCCUGAUGCACCGCCCACCGAUUCCGAUGCUGAGGGUUCAUCGCCGACGCCAGCUCCCGAGGCGCCGCGCGGCGGCCUUCGCGUCCGCAAUCGGCUGACAGUACAGCCGUCGCCCAAGCCGCGAGUGGCCCCCACGCCGCUGCCCCGCCGGCCCAACCCGCUGCUCAAGAGGAAGCUACCAUCUACUGAGGCAACCACGGAAGCGGCGAAGAAAGCUGAAGAGGAAGUAACAGAGGAAAGUAACGUCAGUGGCGAGAAGAGCGAGGCGGAGACGGAGGCCGCGCCCGCGGAGACCACGCCGGCGCCUCCGUUGCGCGGGCUCGACGCGCUGUUCGCGCGGCGCCGCGCCGCCGGCGGCAUCGGCGCGCGCCCCGCCCGGCCCGCGCGCGACGCCAGGCGCACCGCCUAGCGCGACCAAUGACAAGCCCUUACAACAACUUCACUCACAUACAAUGACGCUAACUCUAAAGUCCACGCGUUCACCACUACACCUGCAACUCGUAAAAAUCCACGACACCACGCUCAACUACUGAGUUCGACCGACGGAGUUUUUCGUAAGCGAUAAGCCCAAAUAAAACAACAACUAGCUACGGACAAUUAUUCCUUUCGAGAUUUUUCAUACUUCGCCUGUUUGGGUCAUUGUAUGUGCAGGUCGUACCUAUUAUAAUUCAUUCGGUGCGAAUUGUCAUUACUUUUAGUCAAUUUCAUACCCAAAUGGUAGUGAUGUUUCCACGCCAACGUACUAAGUAGGUACUUUAAAUCUCAUUCCUAGCAUAUUUAGAUUUUAAAAAUUCUUAGCCGACUAAUAUCUUCAAGUGUAAUUAGAUGAAACCUAUGUUCCCGAGAAAUGGAGCGAAACCGGGAGUCUUUAUUUCCAUAACCCUAUUUAUACGUGUUAUGUACAUAUUAGAGUUAAUUUUGUUACGAAAAAUAAGCGGGUUCUAAAGUCUGCUUAAUACCAUCCUAGGGUGUCCCGAGAAGCCUGUGUAUCGACGACUAUUUCAUCCUAGUAAUAAGUAGUAAUAGAUUCAACCGUGUUGUUCAGCUUUCUUUCUGCCCCGAUAGCCGUUACAUAUUAUUGCGCUUUAUCUUCUACACUAUCUUCUAAUUCGACUAAAUUGCAUAGGGUAGUUCAUAUUGCGGCAAAAAAAAAGUUUAUAGGGGAGCCCAGGUUAUAUUGGUUAAGUACUGCAGCCUAAAGUAUGAAAACUAGGCUUAGUUAAAUACUUGAAAGUAGUUCCUUCAUUUGAACACGUAUUUCAACAGCGCACAACACACUUCCAUUAUAUCUAAAUAAUAUCGUAUCAAAUUCAAAAUGUCACAGUAAGGAUAAGUUGUAACUACCUAUCAUUCGAAAAUAAUUAAAGAAGACAUUAAAAGUGUUUGGAAAGCGAAACAAUUACACGAAGAAAACAAUGAAUUUAAAUAAUUGACUCUUAAAAAUUAUACUCAUUUAGUCUUUAUUUAUAGGUAUAGUUAAGAAAGUUUUGUAAUAAUCGUUGAUAAUGAAUCACCAGCAAGCGUCGAACGACAUCGAUGUAAUUAAAGCGUCUGAAGCACUGAUAGCGAGUGCCAUCGUGAUAUGUUUUAUAUAUUUCGUAAGUGUGAUAAUAAACUUAAUAUAAUACAA